AUGGCAGGCUAUAUCCUGGCAAGUUGGAUCACGGCCUUCCUGUUUCUUCCCAGCCUGUCCUACAAGCUGGCAGAGGCCCCCAUCAACAUCACCAAUGCCAACAGGACGGCGGCGGAAGCGAUUGGGGAUCUCAUGGGCAAGAACCUUUUGCAUGAUGCCGAUGAAGUGAAUGCCAUGAAAGGCCCCGAAAACCACACGAAUGCCACGGGUGGACUGGGUGGUUUGGCCAAGAAUUUGGAGUUCCUGAUGGUGAAGGUGGCGCAGCUUGAGACUUUGGUGGAGUUGCAGCAGGCAGAACUCACAGCCCAACAAGGCGAACUUGACCGCCAGCAAGGCGAGCUCGAGUCUGUGAAGAAGCACCUGGGUUUGAAGAUGCAGGUGUCCUUGGCACAACGCUCGGAGGUCAAAGUGCAGGAUGCCCACGACGUUCUGAAGCGAGUCUUGUUGAAGCACCACCGCCAGCGUGAGACCCGCAAGUACCACGAGAAGGCCGCAGACAACGCCGCGGAGGCUCAGAAGGCUCCGGAGGGUGAGAAGGCGGCUUUGCUGCAGCGGCAAGGAGAGAAGAGCGAGCAACGGUCCCUGGACUCCAGUGUGUCCAGAAAGAUCCCCCUUGUCUCGGAAGCGGAAAAGGCUGCGGAAAAGGCUGUGGAGACCGCUGUGGAGAAGGUGGACGGCACUGGCCUGACGGGGGAAAGCUUGAAGGAUGCUUUCAACCAGGUCCAUGCUCAGGGCAAGGCAGUGGAGUUCAUCCAGAACACCGUCAUCGAUACGGUGGAGAAGGCGACCACGAUCUUGCAGAACUACAAAGGCUUCGAGUUCAAGGACAAUUGCUCGAUGUCGCCGCCGGACGCCCAGCUCACCGGCCAGACACUUCGGAUUAACUUCGGCACCCAGUCCUGCUCGGUCACCCUGGUGGGCAAAGAGGUGGAGCUUUUCAACUGGAAAUUUGGUCAUCAGGACAUAGCAUUUCCCAGUCCUUUGGACUGGCUGCCAGCGACCUCGUCAGUGAGAACCCUUGCAGGCGAAAGCAGUGAAAUCGUUCAGCACCUCCUGGGCAUGAGUUAUGUUCUCUUGAACACCCCCGGUUGCACCAGAGCCGACGCUUUCCAUUGCAUGGCCAAGCGCGUGGCGAGUUCUGUCAUGGAGUUUGGGCUGCCAGCGUCAGUGAAAACCCUUGGACAACAAAGCAGUGAAAUCGUUGAGCACCUCCUGGGCAUGAGUUAUGGUCUCUUGAACACUCCCGGUUGCACCAGAGCCGACGCUUUCCAUUGCAUGGCCAAGCGCGUGGCGAGUUCUGUCAUGGAGUUUGGGCUGCCAGCGUCAGUGAAAACCCUUGGACAACAAAGCAGUGAAAUCGUUCAGCACCUCCUGGGCAUGAGUUAUGGUCUCUUGGACACUCCCGGUUGCACCAGAGCCGACGCUUUCCACUGCAUGGCCAAGCGCGUGGCGAGUUCUGUCAUGGAGUUUGAGCCCCCGCUGAAUUGGCUGCCCCAGCAAGUGAAAAGCAUCGCCAGCACACCCAUGAAUGCAGUGACGACUUGGCUCACCAUGGGGAAUGACCUGAUGGAUUGCGCCAACAUCCACUCAUCUGUGGAGCUCACCAAGUGUCUGGGCUUGAAGAUCAUCUCGGCAGUGCCUCCCUUGAACUUCCUGGGCCGCAUGAAGGAGGUGCUCACUGAGACGAUUAUGACCUUCGCAAGGGUGGCCACGCAGGUGGUGAAGAAGGCCUUGCACGGCAGCGCAUCUUUGCUGCAGAAGGCCAGCACCUCGAAGUUCCCUGCAGUGGGGGAAAGGAUGGUGCACCACAAGGACAAGAACCUCCUCAUUGAGUCCCACUCCCAGCACCUCGAUGCAUCACUCCUGCAGGAUGACCCAUCUGGAGCGGUGGGCUACCAGUUCAAUGACGGCCAGGAUGUCCAUGCCAGUCCCUUGGUCACCCAGUUCGAUGGCCGCGAGGUGGACACUGGUUCCUGCCUGGCCUUUGCCCCAAGAAACAAGAACGGAGCCCACGUGGCCAACCAUCAAGAGGCGACGAAAAGUGACUGGACGGAGCCCAGCAAGGAGAACUUCAUCCAACUGGAGCCCUGGGCUGUGCCUUGCGACAAUGCUUGGAUGAAGGACAACUGGAACAAGUGGCAGGGCUAUUCCUUCUACACUGCGUCAUUGCCCGUUGAGAAGUGCUUGACUAUAACCUUUUCGAUGGGCAUGCAGCCAGUUGUGGCCUUUGUGGGGGGCUUGGAAUUUGAACUCCUACCCGCGCCGCUCUUUGAGUUGGCGACAACGGCGUGCUGGCCAAACGAGAUGCCCGGUGGCUUGGACCUGUCGAUCCUCCGCUCGGAGAUCAAGAGCGCAGGGAACCUUGUGUUCAGCCGGACGCUGCGCUUGGCGAAGCGCUUUGGCCAGAGCACGGACUUCGUCAAGGCCAACGUGGAGGAUAGCUACCAAACCUGGAAGCAUGUAGUUGGGCUACCUGGAUCCGAAGGUGAGGCCUUCAGUAGAAUGUCCGGGAUGUCUCUCAUGGAGAGCAAUCGAAGCAACGGCACAGCAGAGUCGCUGUACUGGAAGACCGACGUGGAGGAUUUGUAUCUGGGGUCCGUCAACUACAACGAGGAGAUGGAGGCCAAGAAGACCUCUGAGCUCCGAGGGGCAGAUGCUGCUCGCCGCAUGAGCGCCAUUCAGGAGGCUAAGGAGGACGUCGUCGAGUUGUUCAACUUCCAGAAGGAGGGGAUGACCAACUUCAAGAUCCAAGGGCUUAUGGCGGGCAACAGCCUCGAGAUGGGCAUCGAGAUGGGCUUCGGGGAUUUCAAAUCCCCAGCUCAGAGGAUUCCCCUGAUCAACAUCGCUGACCAAUUCUCCGUGCUCCUGGCGUCUUUGCCCUUCAUCUCGCUGGAGAGCAAGGAGAAGGCGAUUGCUGCGCUGCAGGAUUUCUCCACCCAAGACAUGGGGCGGGCAAACGGGGUUCCCCUGAGGCCAGGCUCUGUGAUAGCCCUGCACAACAAGGCAUGGAACCGAUACCUCUCCCUGGCGGACUUCACUCUCUAUCCCAGCCCGCCCGAGAAUGAGAAUGGUAUUCUCGAUUGGUGGACCCAUCAGAGAUUCACGGUGGUUGACGCUGGCAACGGACAGAUUGCCCUGCACAACACCAUCAAUAAUCGCUUUGUGGGCACAGGUUCCGUCAGCCCUGUGAGAAAUAUCAACGAUCUCCCGGGCGAUUGGGCUUCCGAGCGCUUCACCGUGGUGGAUGUCGGGAAUGGCGAGAUUGCGCUGCAAGGGCUGGGGAAGCAAUUCUUGCAACUUACUGAUCAGAAUAUCUGGCACACUGCUCCCAUUGAUCACCUGCCUCCCACCUAUGUGUGGGAGCGCUUCAAGGUGGUGCCAGGCGAGAGAAAGCUGGUGCCAGGCUCGGUGAUCGCCUUGUACAACACUCAUUGGAAGAAGUUCUUGACCAUGAACCGCGAUCAUGUGUCCACAAGCCCUGAGGUCCUCGAGAUUGGAGAGGGCUGGACUUACGAGCGGUUUACGGUGGUAGAUGUGAAUGGCUGGCAGGUCGCCCUGCACAACCCCAGGCAUAACAGGUUCAUCAGCCUGUCAACCUCCAUGGCAAGCUCGCACUGCAACGUGGACCAAUUCAAUCAAGCUUGGGAGUCCGCGAAAUGGGAGGCUUGGCCCGCCGUGGAUGGGCAGAUCGGCUUGCACAAUGCCCAGCACAACCGCUUUGCGAGUUUGCAAGGCGGCGGCGCUGGCGCCAGUGGGCACCCUCCUGGAAGGCCUUGGGACUCUCUCCCUUGGCUUUGGGAGCGCCUCCGCAUCGUGCACCUCAAACCCUUCCUCGAGCCAGGCUCCGUGGUGGCCCUGCACAACGCGUAUCACCGGCGCUUUGUAAGCAUGCACCCUCACGACAUGCACUUCAGCCCAGAGAAGGAUGCCAACUUUGACAUGCCAGACUGGUGGACCUUUGAGCGCUUCACCGUGGUGGACGCAGGGAAUGGUCAGAUUGCCCUGCACAACGCUCUCCACAACCGCUACGUGAAGAUGGGCCCGAAUGGAGAUAUGACCGUCAGCCCUGUCAGAAACCUCCACGAUCCCUUCCCUCAUGACUGGUUCUCGGAGCGCUUCACCGUCUUGUCUGCUCACGACAUCUUCGACGGGGUGAUCGGCUUGCACAACAGCGCGCACGGCCGCAUGCUGCGCAUGACAGCCCUCGGGGUGGAUUCGCACCCCGUCGCUCCCCAGGACUUCACCUCCGGCUUUUUCCAGGAAAGCUUCCGCAUCGUGCUGGUCGGGGCGGGCAACCAGGGUAGCUUACCAGUUGGGCUCGAACACGGAGGCUUUUCUUUUAAGUGA